AUGGGAGAAAAAGUUGAAUCUACCACUACUGUUACUAAUGCUGCAGCUACUAUUAUUUCUGAGUCUGAGGCAAAUCCAAACAUGGGGCUUUGCUCUGUUCUCUUGAAUGGUUCCAAUUAUAUCCCUUGGUCCAGAGCUGUUACUUUAGCUCUUGGAGGAAAAUCAAAGCUGGGAUAUAAUAAUGGAAAAAUUCCAGCUCCAGAUGAUGGUGAUCCAAAAUUUGAAGAACGGCUGUCAAAGGAUCAACUUGUUAUGUCUUGGAUUUUGAAUUCCAUGGGGCCACGGGUUGCUGAAAUUUUCAGCUACUCAGAUUCCUCUCAAAACUUGUGGGAGUCUCUUAAAGAGAUGUAG